AUGAAGCUCAACUUGUCGCCGAGAAAGCUGGCUUCUCGUGAAGAGCCGGCUUCUCUGCUUAGGCUGAUUUCUCCGGAUCAGGCCUCUGGUGCCGAUGGCGAAAUCUCCCCAGAACUCGUGCCCAUAGUCACCUUGUUGUCCGCUCAAGCUCACAGACGCUACCACGAGGGAAUCUUCAUGUUGUAUUCUGAUCUCAAUAGUGACGGCAAGGCGGGUGACCGUGAGUGGAAGGAGGUGUACGGUAUCCUUACAGGCACCCAGUUGGCGUACUGGGACGCAGCCAACUUGGCUCGCUUCAAAGACCUGCCAGAACAGCUUUUCGAAACAUCGUCCAAACCCAAGUACUUGAACUUCACUGAUGCUAUCUUUAACGCCAUGCGUGUACUUCCGGCGGCCAAGCAGCAGCUUGAAAACGUGAUCAUCGUAUCCACGACUUUGAAGAACAGAUUCAUCCUCCAGUUCAGAUCCUACGAAACCUUGGCUGAAUGGUACAUUGGCCUUCGCUUGGCCACCUACGAAUACAAUUCUUUGCAGGAGGCGUACACGGGUGCUUUGCUCUCGGCUCGUGGUUCUCGUCUUUCCGAUAUAAGGACCAUUUUGGCCGAGAAGCGCUACAACCACUCUGACUGGGUCAAGAUCCGUUACGGUUCAGGCAUGGCCUGGAAACGCUGUUACGCUGUGAUUGAGCCCUCGCAGUCGAAGAAAAACAAGUUCACGCUGGGCCGUGUGUUGCUCUAUGAUAACGAGAAGAUGAAGAAGCAGAGCUUACUAGGAACUAUCACUUCGGCCUCCAUGGUCACCGCCAUCUACCCACAGCUGCCGUUCUUUAUUGACAAGAGUACCAUCAUGAAGCUUGAAGGUGCAAUCAACUUCUCGCUGCCGUCGACUAAAAAGUCCAAAAAGUCUGCUGCUCAGUCUGAAGAAACGUCUCUUUUCCUCAUGCCAGAACAACACUCCGCUGUUGCGGGUUAUGACACUUUGAUCAGAUUCUUAAUACCGUUGCUUGAUGCAUUCGGCCUCUACGGUCGUCCAAAGCGUCUUAAAGCCGACAGACUCGACCCAGACUCCCUUCUUUUCGGUUUGCCUACCUUGCCUCGCGUGCAUUACCUUAUGGUAGGCGAUCUUCACCCGCUUACCGGUACCGACGCAUUUAUGGGCUGGGAUCACGGUAAGUGGACAGAGAACAUCAAGCGUAUUUUAAAGUCAAAGCUUGCUCAAGGUUACAACGGUUGCGGAAGCUCCAGAGGCAACAUGGGUGCUUUGAACUCGAUGAGUCCCAGAAACAGCCCUACAACGUCUCGCAUGCCCUCCAACAACCUACACGAGUCGCCUAACCCUCAGAAGGUGGAGAAGACUAGAAAUGCUAUUCACCCUCUUUCUCAACCAAUGGGUCGUCCUGGCGAAGAAGCUCGCAGCGCACCUCAGGCUCAGGCUCAAAGAAGCCAGCAUUUGCAGCAACAACAACAGCAGCAGUACCAGCGCCUGCCUCAACGUCUGCCUCAGCGUCACAGACCACCUCCACCUGGUCCAGAUCCAGUCAUGAAACAAACUGACCAAAGCUUUAACAAGAACGUUCACAACUUGUCGGUCAACACACCUCAGCAACGCAACCAGCAAGGCUUGGCUCCUGGUGCUAUUGGUGCUGGAUUUGGUGCCGCCGCUGGUGCUGGUCUUGCUGGUAUGGCCGACCCACACAAGUCUGUCCAACUCGCAGACAUCUAUCAAAAGUACUCCACUAUAGAGAGCCCCUCCGAUAGAUUCCACGAUAGAAACGAGAUCUUGAAGGGUGGUGCCGAGGAGAUUGAGGAGGACAAGCUUCCAACUCUCAUGAGAAAGAAGUCAUUGAUGCGUGGUGGUAUUUACCCAACCACUGAUAAGGGCUUGCUUGGAAGUGAGAGUGAGAGUGAGGACGACAUUGAAGAGGAAGACGAGGAGUCUACAGAGAGCUUGAAAGAACCACCAUUGCCUUCUGCAAGCUUGCAGGUGCCAGGCUAUGACAAGAGGAACAGCAGUAUGUCGCUGGUCCAGUCUCCUACAACUCAAUAUAACGAGUUCAACAAGCAGUUUUCCAAGACUGUUGAAACCGACGGGCCUUUGCGCAACGAAAAGUUUGAAAGCAGCAGUGGCGAAGAAGAAUCUUCUGAAGAAGAGGAGAGCGAUGACGAAGAUCCCCCUCGUCAAUAUGCCUAUGGGCAACAACAUCAGGGUUCUAUUCCUCGUGCAAACCAGCUUCCCCAGCUUCAGCAUCUCAACCUCAAUGACAAUGCCCCUGUUCAGCGCCAGGCGCCUCAAGGCAAUCAGGUUUAUGGCCAGAGCCAGGGCUCUUCGCAAAGCCAAUAUGGGCAGCACAUUCAGCAAGCUCUGCAAGGCCAAUACAGCCAGCAGCAGGACCCACGUCAAAUCUCACUCCAGAAAUCGAGGCCUUCGAAGAACUUGACUCUGGAGCUCUCAGCACCACUGGAGCACAACAGACCUCGUUACAUCCUGUCGCCCAACAGCUCGCAGAACUCUCUUCCCCAGACCAAGAGUCCAGCGCCUCAAGCGGGCAGCCCAGCACCUCAACAGAGCCAGGCUAUCCCAUCCACUGUUGUCACUGAACCCAAGAACGAUGAAUCUUCCCCAACUGUUGCCCCAACAGCUGCUUUCAGAGUUCCUCCCCAGCAACCCGUUCAGCAGCCUGUUCAGCAGAUGCCACCGGGUCCAGGCCCUCAGCACAUGUACCAGCAGCAUCCUCAGUACCAGCAGCGUCCACCUCAGGCCCACGGUUACUCCGGUAUUCCCCUACACUACCAACAGCAUCCACAACAUCCACAGCAUCCACAUCCCUACCAGCAGCGUGGCGCUCAUCCUUACCAGCAGAGAGCUUUUCAGAAUUAUCAAGCACCUCCACCACAACAAGGAUACCAGCAGCCGCUCCAAAGGGCACCCCACCAAUACAACAGUGGCAUGCAACCCCAGGCACCCAUGCAUCAAAACUUGAGCCAACAAAGCGUUCGCUCUUAUGGUGAUGCUCAACAAGUGUAUCAAUACGAGGCCCAGCCGGGACACCGCGCUGCUCCCCAGGCCCUGAUGGACAAUACGGCCACUAUCAACGAUACAAGCCCAAUGGCCAACAGAACGCUUACCAGCGUCCCUACUAGACCCAUCGAGGCCUAUUUGUAA